AUGACUGCUCAAAAAGGUGCACCAGUUAAGGUAACCAGUAAAGAAAUUGCUCAAGAAUUCUUGGACAGAUAUGACACAUUUCUGUUCGAUUGUGAUGGUGUCUUAUGGUUAGGCUCUCACGCAUUACCAUACACGCAAGAGAUUUUAAAUCUUCUGAAACGAUUGGGUAAACAACUGAUCUUUGUCACUAACAACUCCACCAAGUCUCGCCUAGCGUACACAAAGAAAUUUGCCUCCUUCGGUAUUGAUGUAAAGGAAGAACAAAUUUUCACUUCCGGCUAUGCAUCUGCUGUUUAUGUUCGUGAUUUCUUGAAACUACAGCCUGGUAAGGACAAAGUCUGGGUAUUUGGCGAAAGUGGAAUUGGCGAAGAAUUGAAGCUUAUGGGUUACGAGUCCCUUGGAGGCACUGAUACGAGAUUGGAUGCGCCAUUCAAUGCAGCUGAAUCGCCGUUUUUGGUCAAUGGUCUAGAUAACGAUGUUAGCUGUGUUGUUGCUGGGUUAGACACGAAGGUAAAUUACCAUCGUUUUGCUGUUACACUACAAUACUUACAAAAAGAGUCUGUUCACUUUGUGGGUACAAAUGUUGAUUCUACUUUUCCGCAAAAAAGUUAUACCCUACCUGGUGCUGGUUCCAUGAUUGAAUCUUUGGCAUUCUCAUCUAACAGGAGGCCAUCAUACUGUGGUAAACCAAAUCAGAAUAUGCUUAAUAGCAUUAUAUCAACAUUUAAUUUGGAUAGAUCAAAAUGCUGUAUGGUUGGUGAUAGGUUGAACACCGACAUGAAAUUUGGUGUUGAAGGUGGAUUGGGUGGUACGCUACUGGUCUUAAGUGGUAUCGAAACAGAAGAAAGAGCCUUGGAAAUCUCACCUGACUACCCAAGACCUAAAUUCUAUAUCGAUAAACUUGGCGACAUUUACACCCUGACCCAAUAA